AUGGGGCUUACUGAGAUGGACCAAACAACUACUGAGAUGGACCAAACAACUACUGAGAUGGACCAAACCACGCAACGAACGAUCACGCAUGUGGAUGCAGACGAGACUUCUUCGCCAGUGAUUGUUAACUAUUCGGAUGAGGUGACUUUUGUUCCUUCAGAUGUAACUCCUUCGCCAGCGAACGAUCAACAUGUGGAGGCAGACGAGACUUCUUCGCCAGUGAUUGUUAACUAUUCGGGUGAGGUGACUUCUGUUCCUUCAGAUGAAACUCCCUCGCCAGCGAACGAUAACUAUUCGCGUGCAGAUGAAACCACUUCGCCACCGAUUGUUAACUAUACGCGUGAGGACGAGACUUCUUCGCCAGCAAACGACAACUCUGGGACAACAUACAACAUCGUAGACGGUGCAGACAGCACCCCUCGGGCGACAGAGAGCCAGGUCUGUAGAGAAUAUAAUAUCCCUGUAAUGAGCGAGAAGGAACUGGGGGCCGUUCUGGCAGCUAUCGCAAAGAGUUGGCCGUGGACAAAAGGAGAACCUGUCCAGCCGUGUUCGGAAGAAGGUCAGUGCCCAUGA